CCCCUCCUCCAAGUUAUGAGAGUGCAGAGCACGUCGUCGUCCUCCUCCUCCACCCCCAACUCUCAAUUUAUUAUUCUAUUCUACUCACUACUCACUUCAAUUAAUGGAAAAUAGUAAUUAUUUAUGUCCAAACUCAAACUACCAUUCCAUUCCAUUCCAUGGAGACUAGGACUGAUUUUGUGUCUAUUCUGCCGUUCGCCGUCGGUGGUGGAAGCCCUCAAAUCGCUUUCCCAGGGCCCGAUUCACAGCAAUGUCAACUCUGGUCAACUCUUCGCCCUGGCCAUUGCUGACCUACGUAAUUCUCUUGGAAUUUCCGCUCUCCACCCCUCUGCCUCGCUUGGCUUCUCCCUCUUCUUUGACGACUUGAUGGAUAAGGAUAACACUGAGAAAUGGUUUGAAGAAGUGGUUCCACAACUUGCUAAUUUGCUGCUGAGGUUGCCAGCACUGUUGGAGACACACUAUCAGAACGCGGAUCUCAUUGGGAUGGAGACCGGUCUUAGGUUAUUGGAUUCGCAACAAUCCGGCAUGGUGUUACUUAGUCAGGAAUUGAUUGCUGCUCUUCUGGUUUGUGCUCUUUUUUGCUUGUUUCCAACCACUAAUAGAGGCGCCAAACAUCUUCCAACCAUCAACUUUGAUACUUUAUUUCUGAGUUUAUAUGAGCAUUAUGAUGUGAAGCAGGAACAUAAAAUAAAGUGCAUUCUUCACUAUUUUGAGAGGACAUGCUCGGAAAUGCCUAUGGGGAAUGUCUCAUUUGAGCGAAAGAUUCUUCCUUUACAGAACAGUCAGUCCAACAUUGUCUACCCCGAAACUGAUUUCUGGAGCAAGUCUACUGUCUCUCUGUGCCGAUUGGAGGCUCGGACUUCUGGUUUAAUUGAAGAUCAGCCCGCUGAAGCUCUUGAAGUAGAUUUUGCAAAUAAAAACAUAGGAGGUGGUGCUCUCAGGCAUGGCUGUGUACAAGAAGAGAUUCGUUGCAUGAUCAACCCAGAACUAAUUGUUGCCAGGCUUUUCUUGCCUUCAAUGGCAGAUAAUGAGGCUAUUGAGAUUGUUGGUGCAGAAAGAUUCUCAAAUUACUCUGGCUAUGCUGCUUCAUUCCGCUUUUGUGGAGACCAUGUUGACAAAAAGAGUGUUGACACAAUGGGAAGGCGUAGGACGAGGAUUAUUGCAAUUGAUGCACUUAGUAGACCUGGAAAGAGGCAAUACACACUCGAAUGCCUCCUUCGUGAAACUAAUAAGGCAUUUUGUGGCUUUUUUGAUCAGCAUAAAAGUCAACAAGAUCAAAAGCAAUUUGAGGAAAAUGGACUCAAAUGGCUUUUGGCACCUGAGUCUGAUCAAGUCAGUGGAAUGGCACCCGAAAUGUCCAAAAAUAAUACUUUGACCACAGACGAUCCAUCAGCAUCCUCUCAAGCUGACAAACAAACUAGUUAUGAGGCGAUGAAGAACAAUGAGGGACAGGUGGUUAAGUAUAAAGAAUAUGAAGGUGAGAUUGGUGUUGCAACAGGUAAUUGGGGUUGUGGUGCAUUUGGGGGAGAUCCUGAAGUUAAAGCCAUAAUCCAGUGGCUGGCAGCUUCUCAAGCACUGAGACCUUUCAUCUUAUACUACACAUUUAAUUUGGAGGCGUUGCAGAAGCUUGACUUGGUCGUACAAUGGAUUUUAUCCCAGGGAUGGACUGUAGGUGAAGUUUGGAAUAUUUUAGUGGAGUACUCAACUCAGAGACUGAAACGACAAACCAAACUUGGCUUCUUCAAUUGGCUUCUUCCCUCCUUGUAUGAUGUUGAUCCUAUGAUUUUGGAUGUGGCUCAUUCUAUGUGAAAUUCUAUCACUUGCUGCAUUAAAUCUGGUCUAUGUUUAAAAAAGUUUCUCUUUGUACAAAUUUAUUUGAUCCUCUUUGUUUGAGGCUCCCCCCCCCCCCCCCCCCAGAGCUUUGUUGUAGUGCUGAAUUUGCGUGGGUGGUUUGGUUGUACUUGAUGUUGUGACAUACUAAGGGAUUUGGAAGGCAAUGGGAACUGAAGAGUUGUUUCUGUAAUUUAGAUAAGUUGAUAUGUGAAGAUGUUGUAUUAUUAUUUAUACAUGUCAUCAUGACGAGAAA